AUGCGGAUCAACAUCCUGUCUUUGGUGGCUCUGGCCGCUACAGCUACAGCCAUCGUUGUCACCUCCCCACGGAUAGGCGAAAGGAUUGACCCCGACCGACCACUUACUAUCAAGUGGAAUGCUGUCGAAACGGAUCCUGACACUUUCACCAUCGAAUUGGUCAACCAAAACGUCUACCCUCCAACUACCGAGGUUGUGGCAGAGGAUGUCGACUCUUCCUUGGGGUCCUAUACCGUUAAACCCAAAACCUUCACCGAUGUGGAUAUGGGAAAGGGAUAUCAGAUCAACAUCCUCUCUCCAACCAAUGGCAUUCUGGCCCAGUCUCAGCAGUUCCGAAUGACUGAGCCUGGUGCGCUUUCUAGCAUCAGCUCUGGUAAGGAAACCAGUACUGCGAGUGAUACUUCGUCUAUUCCGUCGUCCAUGCUUUCUUCCACCGCGUCGUCGACAAGUGAUAUGACUUCUUCGACUGCGUCCUCCUCCUAUCUCUCUUCGACUGCUACUCACUCCUCCACCAGUGCGUCUACCCCUACCUCGUCCAUUUCAUCUACUCCUUCAUCUUCUUCUAUUUCUACCCCUACAUCAUCUUCUUUGAUGACUAGCUCUUCUUCUACAAGUGCGUUUACCUCUUCCAUUAUAUUUUCCCCUUCAUCUUCCUCCACAAUACCCUAUACAUCGUCUUCUAUCUAUGCCACCACAUCCUUGUCUACAUUAUCCCCUUCCCUUUCUACCUAUACGCCAACCUCAACUUCCACCCGUACGCCGACCUCUACAAAUGUCUUUAACACCUCGACAACCAAGCUUACCACUUCCACUUCUUCCUCAGUCUCUUCUUCAACAUUAACACCUUCAACGUCUUCUUUUAUCACAACUUCUGCUACCACUUCAUCCACUUCCACCACCCCGACUACUUCCACUUCCUUAACUACCUCAAGUUCCAUCACCACUUCUUCUACCUCAAGUUCCAUCACCACUUCUUCUACCUCAUUUACUACAUCCAAAUCCACAUCUCUUUCUACUUCAAUGUCCACAAGCACUUCUUUCACCACUUCUCAUUCUACCCAAACCUCCACUACCCCUGGUUAG